AGCCAGGUCAAGCUGCAAGAGCAGAGCACUUAGGACAGGGCUGAGCCUGGGGGUCUGUCCUGGGAUAGCUUGGGAGACCGAGUGCGGACCACGGUGAGGUACCAUGAGCACAGGGGGCCCCAGCCUUGCCAGCCCGGCAGCCAGCAGCCCUCCAGCCUUCCUCACAGCUCCGGGCAGCCCCGGCACUCGAGCCGAGGUGGCCGCCGACCCCAUCCCCGCUCUCGUCGCCCUGGCCUGCAUCUUCCUCCUGCUGGCCUCCUGUCUGCUCUUCAUGAUGCUCUGCAAGCCCGCUGCUCUGGACCCCGGGCGCCGCCGGGCCCGGGAAUGCAUGCCGCACCACCCCACGAGCCCCAGCGAGCCCAGGCUGCGGCUCUGGAAGCGCCUGGGCUCCCUGCGCCACUCCCUGCGCAGCUUCCACAGAGGCCGGCCCUCGGCCCCCCGACGGCCCCCCGCGCGGGGCUGGGAAGAUGCAGGAGGCGACUGUGACUGCACAGAAGCCACCAACAUGUGACGAGGUGUCCAAACUGAACGUAGGCCCACCCCAGCUCCCCCUGCCUCUGGCACAGCUUGGCGCCACAGGCUGCAGGACCACCGCCCGGUCACUCUGGGCCCCAUGUCACGCCCCUCCUUCCCUCUGAGCCUAGUGUCGCCUCCUGGGAGUCCCUGAAGACCCCUGCUGCUGUUUGCUAGCAGACCCCUGGGCCAGAAGGUCCUCACGUCCCCAGGCCAAGGCCGAACACUGCCUGCUUCUCAGAUUUGGAAACUGGCCAGAAGAAGGGACUUAGCUCCUGGGCCAGAGUCAGCUGGCCUCAGGGUCCCCCAUGAUGAGGCUGCCUCGCCCCACUCUGCUGUGACCCAGAGCCAACCCUAUUAAGGACUGAGCUCCAGCCUUGACAUUCCCUAGUGCCCAGUGCAGAGACUCGCUCCCCAGCCUGCAGCAUGCUCUGGGGUGCUGCCUACGGUUUAUCUUUCUAGCCUCUUCCUGAGCAGAGCGACUGCAGGCAACUGAAUGACCUGUCCCCCCUGUCGGUGGCCUCUCCUUCACUGCGACCCCCUUCCACGAAGUCCUCUUGUCCUUCCGGUGGAACUGAGCUUCUGUCGCAGGCACCACGAGGCCUGGAGCUCGGGGUCUCCCGCGAGUGUGGGGGAGGGCAGCAGUGUGCGGGUGUCUGUCUGUUUUAUCUCACAAGCCCGGGAGCUGCAGAGAGCCGGUCUCCCCUGGGGCACCCCUAAAGGAAGGCUGCUCUCCAAGCAGACCCUGGAGUGGAGACCGCUGUGCGGCAGGGUGACCUCAGAGAGGGAGGGCAGCUUUGCAGGACACUUCCAAGGCCGGGGGGCCGGGGACGCCCUGAGACCCUGACCUUCUGAGCAGAAGCAGAGCCGUGGUUACUCAAGAGGUCCACGGUGUCAGCCUGUGUGCCGCGGGGCCCAGAAGCAGGGCUCUGACCCUCUUUUGGUUGCUCACCCACCGUUGUCCCCCUGGCCCGCAGGCUGCUUGUCUGCAGAGGUCUGAAGAAGGAGUGGCUACGGCCCGGAGGGACUGUCCAUCGCCUGCUGGCUUGCUACUUUGGGUGGACUUCUCGGGAAGCGUAUCAGUGGACUGGGAUGGGAGAUAGAUACUAGGCUGGAGUGGGGCCCUAUUACGUCUUGGUGGGAGGCUGUUAAGUCCUGCUCCCCAGCAGAGGCCAGAGGGAGGGAGCCUCCUUCUAGAGCUAGCCCCCGAUUCCUGCCUGUCUCUGAGCUUUCCUCGACUCGACUGCGAAUCAGCUUCCUGUUCCCAGAGCCCCUCUCUUGUCCCUCCCUGGUAGACACGAAGGGACCUGCCUCCCACUCUUCCUCCUUUCCCGGACUGGGGGGAGGCAGGCCCCGCUUUGUUGAGCUUGGCUCAGGCUCAGGUGGAUGGAAAGGCCCGAGGCUGGUGAAGGCAGCUCUUCAUUCCUAUCCCUUCCCACCCCCAGGGACUGAGGCCUGGGCUGUGUGUGAGUCUGUAGGGGGAGAGGGGUGGAGCUGUGUGUUCAGAAUCACCCCAGCCCCCCCCCCCAAAAAACCUUCCCCCUCCGAGCCUCUUAGUUGUAGCUCUUGCUUUGAGCCAAAGAAUCCUUUCUUCUUCCGCCUGCUUUCUUCUGAGAGAGGAGCCUGGCCAAGGGGGCCGUGAAAGCUGCUCUGUUCUGGCCUGGCUGGGCCCUGGCUCCCUGUCCUUGGGUCCUUGCUGGGAAAGUGAGGUCUCUUCUCUCCCCUGCUCUGAAAGGCCCUUGGCAGGGGCGCGGGGAGGAAGGCCAAGGAGGAGCCAGGGCCCUGUCCUCAGCUAACACAGCCCGAGGCCUGCUCUCCUUGGGAGAUGAGAGGGGCACUUUUGCUCUCCCUGCAAGCUGCUUGUGGAGUAUCAGCCGCCCUCUCCCCCACGCGCCCCCCGGACUGGCUGUGGUUUCCCCCACUUUUGAGCCUCGAUUGGAGCCAGUGUCCCCAGGGCUGAAUGCAGCUCUGCCUGUCCCAGGGCCACCUACCUGCACAAUGCUGUGGCCCUCCGGGAUGUCCUCAGGGACACUGGCCUCGUAGCUGCUUUGCAGAAAGAUGGGGCGGUUGUCAUUCACAUCCAGCACAGUGACAAACACGGUGGCCGUUCCCGUGCGCCGCUUGCCUACGGGGCCAUUGUCUGUGAGAGGUGGCGGAGGACAGGUGUUAGGGCCGAUUUCUUAGACCUGAACACGCCGGGCCACCAACCGGACAUGCUGCUUGUUCCGCCCCAGCCACUGCAAGGGAUUCCAGAUUAGGGACAGAACUAACAAAAGCUCGUGCUCAGCUGAUGCCCGGACAGAUGCUCCUGUAACUCAGUCGUCCUCACAGCACCCCUGGGCGGCAGGUGCACGUCUCUUUCCCGGACUCUACGCCCACAUUCACAGCCGAGCUAACCAAGGCCCCCACGUGAAUGGGAUGAACCAUCGGUACCCGGAAACCUGAAUGUGUUAAUUUAUUGGGAAAAACAACCUUGGAAGACAUAAUUAAGUUAAAGAUCUUGAGGGGAAGCCAUCCUGGUUAUCUGCACACCCAAUAACUUUCCUUAGAGGAGAAGGCACUCUGAGUGAGCACGGGGAGGGGGGAGGUGCUCGUAGGUCCCAGGAGGACUUUUAGAACCCAGGAAUUCAAGAGCAGUCCGGGGCACCACAGUAAGAACCUGUCUCAAAACCCAAACAAUGGGCUGGAGAGAUGGCUUAGCGGAUAAGGCGCUGGCCUGAGACGCCUAAGGACCUAGGUUCGAUUCCCCAGGUCCCACGUAAGCCAGAUGCACAAGGAGAGACUGUGGCCCUGCUCACACCUUGAUGUUGAGUUUCCAGAACCAGGAGAGAACCCACGUCUGUUUUUAUGCGGCCAAGUUUGUGCAGAGUGGUUCUAGCAAGUUUGGGUGGUAAGAUCACAAAGCAAGCUGCUGUCAGGAGUGGGGUGGGGAAGGCGGCAAGGGGACACAGAUGAUGCCGCCUCAAGAGCAGCUGUCCUCUGCUCCAGUCACAGUGAUGAGGGGUUAUGGGGCCAGAGAUAUCGGGCUUCUGGUUUCUUCAAAGAAAUGGAUAUCUGAACCUUUGAAUAAAAGCUCCUGGUUUUUUAAAAACA